AAUGGAGUAAGAGAAAACUUUUGAAGAAUAGUUGGAAGCAGUUGAGAAUAAAAUAAAAGAUUCUUAAGAGAAUUUAGGAGAUGUUGAGGUUAGAGAUGCAAUGCUUGAAAAAGCCUCAUUACAAUAAAAAUAUAAUAAAUAUGAAGAUGUAAAAUUAUUUAUUUAUUUAAGGCAAUCAAAACUUAUAUUGAAACAUUACCUAAAUCAGUUGGUGUAGGUAAAAAAAUGGAUGUCCAUUUCUUAAUUUUACAAAUAUAUUUAAAAUAAAGAAACCUUGAAAAAUUUAAGGAUCAUUUGAAUUAAUAAUAAAUAUUAUUAGAUUAAGGAGGUGAUUGGGAAAGAAAAAAUAGACUUAAAGUUUAUGAAGGAAUUUAUUGUUUAAUGAUUAGAGAUAUCACAAAAGCAAGCAAAUUAUUUUUAGACUCUGUUGCCACAUUCAAUUCAUCUGAAGUCAUAUCAUACAAUGAAGUUGUUAGUUACACAAUCUUAACCAGUAUUAUAUGUUUGGAUAGAUAAUCCUUAAAAAAAAAGGUUCAUUAAAAUCCAGAAGUAGUAGGUGUAUUAAGAGAAAAUCAAGUAUUGAAAAGUUUCUUAGAAUCAUUUUUAUAAUGUGAUUAUAAAACACUCUUUUAAAAAUUUGGUAUGAUAUUUAAUUCAUAAUUUAGCUAUUGUAAAUGAAAACCUAUCUCAUGAUUAAUAUUUGAGUAUUCAUAGAAAAUACUUAAUUCGAGAAUAUAGAGUGGUUUUCUACUCUUAAUUUUUGGAAAGCUAUAAAACAGUAACAUUAAAUAAUAUGGCAAAAGCAUUUGGAGUUAGUGUAUAAUUUAUUGAUAGGUAUAUAAUUAAUAUUAUUUGAUUAGAGAAUUGAGUGAAUUAAUAUCAUCAAGAAGAAUCAAUUGUAAAAUAGAUAAAGUUGCUGGAAUAAUAGAAUCCUCAAGGGCUGAUGAUAGAAACUAACUCUAUAAUAAUUUAAUUAAAUAGGGAGAUUAUCUACUCAAUAGAGUAUAGAAACUAUCAAGAUUAACAGAUUUAUGAUA